CAUGUGGUGUUGAGGCCGUUGCAAAAACAACAAAAAUCGCACUUCGAAUAUUUCGCAGUCGUGUAGCCGAUAAAAAAUUAUUUCGACCCACCUCGGAGCAGCACGACGCACUACUUGUUGUUCUCCGCCACACGCGCGCGCGCUUCUGUUCGACUGCGCCCGCGACACGGGCGGCCCUGCCAGACGAGACGCGCGCGCGCGCACGCGUACAGCACGAGUCGGUCCAACGCGCGCGUGUCGGCCAGCACCAGCACCACAACAACAUCUCCGCACGCACGAGGCCGCCGCCGUCGUGAUCGCCGCCACAAGACCAAAGAGAACCUCUCCUGCCCUGCUCUUUUGCCGCUCUUUGCAAAGAUGGGCAGCCUGCACCGAGGAGGCAAUCAUCAGCUGUACACGCUCUGGAAGAAGAAUGAAGAGGAAGAUGGGUCCCUGAGGAUGGAUGAUUUUGUGGAUAAAUUGCUACAAGAUGACAAUCAACUUGCAUCUAACAGAUAUUAUAAUAGAUCUGAAUCCAGAAGUAAAGGAUGGUGGACAGAUUUGAAGCCUGAGCAAGUAUUGAGUCAAUCUUAUGAUACUGACAUAAAUUUUGGAAGAAAUGCUUGUGCAACUGAUUCGUCAUCAUCUAUACCUCAGUGCAAUGAACUCUUUGAAAAUGGCUAUUCAUAUUAUUCUCAUAACCGUAAUGACAUCAUUUCUGGGGCUGUAAAUGUUAAUGAUCGUAACUGUAAACAUAACUCCAGUUUAUCUAAAGAUGAUGUUUUGUCAGAGCAACUUCAGGAUUAUCUGAAUUCAAUUUCAAAUACUCCUGAUUAUAUUGAAUCAUCAACAUUUUAUGGGGCAUCAUCAGAUAAAUCAGAUUACAACUAUGGCCCUGAUACGAACUUUGAUUUGGAUGUUGUCAAUGCGACAACUAAUCAAUCAUCAAUGUCCUCAUAUUCUAAAAGUCCAUCUGAAAACACCUAUAGUCAGGGCUGGAUGGCUGGAAGUCAAGCCGACUAUCCAAUGGAAUAUCAAAGAGAGCGAGAAAUCUCUGGGAGUGCAGGCAAUCAACCCUCACAAAAACCUUGCCUUAAUUUUAACAAUAACCACAGCCAAAUGCCCAACAAUAAUGUGGUCCGCAAUGGAAUGACCAGGGCAAUCACUAACCACAGAAAUAACACCCGAGGAACUGCUCCUUUCCGAUUCCAGCCCCCACAUCGCACUCCACUCCCUAUGCCACUGCCAAAUCCCUUCCAUUAUCCUCAAGUUCCAUUCAUGCCACCUCCGAUAGAUCCUUUCCUCUAUGCUGAUCUUGUCAACCGGAGACAUGCUAUGUCGUCAUAUUUUCCACCCUACUUUGACAAUGCUGCAUCUCACCCUGCCCUGUGGAAUACUUCUCCUACAGGAUCAGGUUUUAGAAUGAGCAGGAGAUCAGGGCCUUCGAAUGAACUUCAUUCCCGCCUUGAAGAAUGCUACAAUCAGUUUAAAAGCUUGGAGAAAGAAAGGAAGAAGACCGAAGCAGAUUUGGCAAGGCAUAAUCCUGGGAAAAAAAUUUCAUCUGCUAAUAACAUACCUGUCCCAAGACUUCCCCUCACUCCAUCCCGUGUAGAUAGAUUGAUUGUAGAUCAGUACCGCGAACAUGGAAGGGUGAUAACUUUGAUUGCCAAAAUGGAACGGUUGCGAGGCACGCCAGUUCAUCCCCGCAUUCGACAGUCUAUGGAGGGUUGGCUGGAAUCCAUUAAAAAGGUACAAACUAAAAGAAGAGAAGAACUAAUAAACUCCAGCAGCCGACAAGCAAUGUUCUUUAUGGCUGAUGAUAAAGACACACUGGCAUUGGCCAUGAGCCUCCAAGACUUGACUAGCAGUUCCCGCCAGGCACGAACAGCAAUGUGGUGUGCCCUCAAAGUGACGCUGCUUCACAAAGAUGGUGUUGAUGUCGUGUCUGAUUCAGACUCAGAUGAGAAUGAAACUGAAACAGAAUUUGAGCCUGAUCUGGAAAAUCAAAUUCCUUUUCAUUCCUCUUCAGUUGAUUCUACUGAUCAUCAGGAAGAAAGUAAGACUCAAACUUUCAAUGAUGAAAUUUAAGUCUUUUCUAGAACAACAAGAUAAUGCCAAGAUUUUUAACAAAGUCAAAUUUUAAAAUUCAAUGUAUUUGUACCCAUUGUUUUUUUGUCUAAUUCUACAACGUCAAUUUGAGGAAGCCUUUUAUUUCAAAUUUUAACAUGGAUUGGUUUUUCUUUGGCUUUUAUUUAAUUUCUACUUGAUUUUUACUAGUUCAAUGAAGUUAUGUUUUAAUGAAGUCACCGUUUUGAUGAAAAAUUGUUUGCAUAAGUUAUCUUAUGGACUUUACUGUCUGCAAAUUUUGUAUAAUUUUAUUUGUGAACCAAUGAUUUACACUUCUUAAAAAUUCUGACCGUUCACUGAUUGCUGUCCUUUUGCAGGAAUUGUUUAUCUAUCUAACACUUUAAAAUGUGCUGAUUUGCUCCCAAUUCUAUUUUUCUGAUCUUAUUUUUGAUCAUUCAGAAUGUUCUUAUUCAAACAGUGAUUUGUGCAUCUCCUCUUAUCAAAAUUUGAAUUGUUCUCACUCUGUGGAGCUACUCCUAGGCCCCUGUCAUACCUAAACACAUGUUUCAAAAUAUCUCACUGAGUGUACGGCAAUGUUUUUACCAUUUAAAAACCCCAACAAAUCUCACAUUAGAUUUUAUGUGUAACCCUCAUCUGUAGAUGCUGCUUUUUGUGUGGAGAUACCAUAUGUACUAUUUGAUGUAACUCUUUUAAUACUCGUGAGUCAUACUUGUUUUCAUGUGAUUUGUGAUUUAGUGUUUGAGUAGUCCUAGAUUUGAGUAUUUUAAGCAGGCAAAAGUCCAAAGAGUCAUUUUAUGUAGUUUUUACAAAUUACCUGGGGUUACAUACCCUUUAUUUGACCUAGAACAUGUCCCUCAUUGCAUUGUUUUUCUUACUGAAUUUUUUUUUACUCCCUUUGGCAACUGACAUUUUUUUACAAAUGUGUAAUUCUUCCCUCUUUCAUAGUUGUGACGAACGGAAACAUUUUCUUAGCCUGGCUAUUAUGUACAUAUUGGAUUUUUUCUGAGCUUUGUAUUUGUGUUCAAUGUUUGGGGUAUCUGUAAUUUAGUGCUCACUGUUGCUGUAUACAGUUACUUGCCAGGAGCAGUGUUUGGGUCAUGUCCUCUGUGAUAUUUCCCUAUUCCUUAGCCCCGUGUUUCUUAGUUUCUUUGUUAGUGCAGCAUGCAUCUACUGUUCUGGUCGUAAGUAUAAGAAAGGCACAUUUUUGUCUCAACUGUGCACUAGUCUCAGGGUAGUAUUUGGUCACUCAUCUGCUGAGUGUUACGUGAAGUACUUAUAUAGAGGUAUUUUUCUGUGAUAACUCCAUGUUCCUGUACUGCUGACUAAAAUUGAGUUUUUAAUUGUUAACAUAAGACUCUGGCAAAUGCUCAAAUUAAUCUCUUAAAAUGGGGGUACAGGGAAACAAUGUUUCCAAUUUUGUAGUUUAAAAUUAAAAAAUUGAAUGCCUUUCAAAUUUAUAUGGUUCCAAAAUUUAGUUAAGUACUCUGAAAUUGGUUAUGUAAUGUGAUUUUUUUCACUUUGAACGGAAGAUGAGAGUGAAAGCACAUUUGUUAAACACUUUUCAAUUUUUAGGUCAUUUAUUAGAUUUUGUAGUGACUGAUAGUAAAUGAAGACCUGUAUCUCAACGUAAACAAAUUGCCCUUCUGCUUGAUAUGUUUCUAUUAUAACUACUACAUUUCUGUGGUUGUAUUUGCUUUUAGAUCUACCUCUGUGCUACAAGCACCUAAUAACAAGUUUUUCUCUGUUGUGACUGCAACUAAAUGAGGCAAUUUUAGGCUUUGCUUUUACAAUAUCAUGCUUUUAAUGAGCACUUUAUAAGUUAUUACAGGACAGGUUUGCCUUUUCUAGUUAACUAAACUAUUCGCAUUUUUUGUGGGGUUCUGAAAUUGGUUUGUAGUGUUGUUAUUAUCUAGGAUAGGACUGUAGGCUGAGGAAAAAUGUAGCUAAGUUGAAUGUCAGCUUUAGUCAAACAUAUCAAGCUAUUCUACCCUUCUCAACUGUAUACCCAAUUACAUAUUAUUGAUUUAUUCACAAGUUUUUUCAUUUCUCUUGACUUAUUAGUAAAUGUGACUGUCACAUCCCUAUAGCCUUGGAUUUGUUAAGCAUCUUGCCUGUGAUACUGCAAACUGGUUUUUCAGUUCCUUAUGGUGAAAAAUGAUGAAGUGCUUCUGCAUGGUUUUGUUAACUUUUCUGUUAGGCAUUGGAGCCCUUACUGGAGCACUUGAUAAUAUUAUGUGAUGUGAUAUGUAUGAUUUUUCGUCAGUAUUUCCCGUCUAAGAGGACUUAAGAGAAUGAGGGUCCAAUGUGGCUAAUGUGUUAGCUUUUACGAUUUGUUACAUUUUCGUCACUGACCAUGUAUCAUAUAUUUGAUAGCAAUUUGAACCAAAUAGUUGUUCCUAUGCUUAAGUUGUUUACACUUUUGAUUUUCAAAGACUCAUCAUUCAUCAUGCUUCUGAACUCUUUAUAGCGUGAAGGGAUUAAAUAAAAAUUGCAUUACAUUAUGUGACAAAGACAGUCUUGAACUAAGUCUCCAUAGAUAGUCUCCAUUAGAUUUAAUUUAUACGGUACUAUUAUUGACAGUUUAAUGUAGAUAAUGAGUCAAUUGGUUUACCGUUUCUGUUUGUAAACACAAAAGUAUUUACUGCUUUUUAAAAUUGUGAGUUCCAUGUUUCUUCUUGCCUGAAAGAUGUGCACCACAUCAUAUAUAUUUCUGCUGUCAAGUAUUAACCAAUGUUUCAUUUUGUUGCUCAUUUCAAAUUGUCAUUCACUUAAUAAAAUCUUUUUAAUCUACCAAGUA